AUGAGUUACUUCCUAUCUUACUGUAAAGCUCAUGGCGGCGCACUGCUCACCGGCUAUCAGGCCCUGCGCGCCGAGGGCUUCCUGUGCGACGUGACGCUGGAGGCUGAGGGCAGCGAGUUCCCGGCGCAUAGGUCGCUGCUCGCGUGUUCCAGCGACUACUUCAGGGCUCUGUUCAAGAGCCACACCCGGGAAUCCAGGGCCAGCGUGAUCCACCUACACGUGCCGUCGGCGGCCGGCCUGCAGCGCUUGCUGGACUUCAUUUACACCGCCUGGCUGCCGCUGUCCAUGGACACGGUGGAAGACACGCUGGAGGCCGCCAGCUACCUGCAGGUGACUGAGGCGCUGGGGCUGUGCGGCCGCUACCUGGAGCGCCAGCUGGCUCCGGAGAACUGCUGCUUCGCAGCCAACGUGGCGGCGCGCUUCGGCCUGGCGCACACGUUGGGCGCCGCGGAGAGCUGCAUCGUGCGUCACCUGCGGGAGCUGCUGCUGCGGGGCGCGGGCCCCAUGGGGCUGCUGGAGCUGAACCCCACGUCGCUCAAGGCUGUGUUGGGUGCCCCCGACUUGGCGCGGGUGCCCGAGGCCUCGCUGCUGGGUCUGGCACUGGCCUGGCUGAGGCAGGAGCCUGAGGCCGAACGCCUGGCCCACUGCGCCUCGCUGCUCGAGCGCGUUCGCUUCGGCCUAGUACAUGCCGACGUGCUGCGGCGCGUGUACUCGGGCUCUGGCCUCGCCCUGCCCGCCCGCAUCAAGGGCCUCAUCAUCCAGGCCCUCAACUACCACACGGCGCCCUCCCGCCAGCCGCUCUUGCAGGGCGAGCAGACCAGCGUCCGGAGUCCCCAAACCCGCAUCUUGUUGGUAGGGGGGCGCAGGGCGCGGGAGGCGGUGACCGAGGAGGUCGUGGUCCGCCAGGUGGUAGCCAGGGGCAGAGGCGCUGCGGCGGAGCCGGAGGAGGAGGAGGAGGAGGACGAGCAGUUGGAAGAGGAGGAGGAGGAGGAGGAUUGGGAGUUCACCCAGGACGUGGUGGCCUUCGACGUGUACAACCACCGCUGGCGCAGCCUCACGCGGCUGCCUGCACCGCUGCUGGGGCACAGCGUGUGCACCGCAGGCAACUUCCUCUUCGUCCUGGGCGGGGAGAGUCCUGAUGGCGCCUCCUCACCCCCGGCAGACGGCGUGCGGCCGGUCACGGCCGAAGUGCACCGUUACGACCCGCGCUUCCACGCCUGGACGGCGGUGCCCGCUAUGCGGGAAGCGCGGGCCCAUUUCUGGUGCGGCGCCGUGGGCGAGGGGCUCCUGGCUGUCGGGGGUCUGGGCGCGGACGGCCAGGCGCUGGCGUCCGUAGAGAUGUAUGACCUGCGCCGGGACCGCUGGACGGCGGCCGGGGCGCUGCCGCGGGCGCUGCACGGCCACGCGGGGGCCGUCGGGGACCGUGGCGUCGUGUACAUCUCUGGGGGUAAGGCGGGAAGAGGAGAGGGCGGCGCGAGCAGCCUCCGGGACGUGUACUCCCUGGGCCCUGGGGAGCGAGCGUGGAGCAAGAGGGCGCCCAUGAGCACCGCCCGCUUCGGGCACCACAUGGCUGUGCUGCGCGGCGCGGUGUUCGCCUUUCUGGGGCGCUAUGAGCCCUUCUCUGAGAUCGAACGCUAUGACCCCGGCACGGACCAGUGGACUCGGCUGCGGCCGCUACCCUAUGAUCGCUUCUGCUAUGGGCUGGCGGUGGUGGAGGAGACGGCUCUGCUGCUGGGCGGCCUCAAGUGGCGAGACUCGCGGCAGGUGCCUACUCGCAACGUGGUGGGCUAUGACCUCGACCUGGACCGCUGGGAGGACAUUGGUUGCGCGCUACCCUGGGCCUGGAACGGCCUGCAGUGCGCAGUGCUGCAGCUGGCUGAGGGUGGAGAUGAGGAGAGGGAGGGAGGGCUCGGAGAGCCGCCAGAUUUACUGCGGAGCUUAAUGGGUUAG